AAUACUUCCUGCUCAGUCUAUCAGUGAUAUUUCGAGGCAAUCUUUUAACGAGCAUUCUUGAAAUGUGGGGCAAAAGUAUUCUGAGUAUUCUUUAUCUUCUCGUUGCGGUUGCCUAUGCCGUACCCGCUCAUUACGAUUCAGGUGACAGCGCUGAGGAUGGAAUCGUCUAUGUUUUCAAUCUCUAUGCAGUCAGAGAUACGAAAACGAAACAUGUUGCAAAGAUGUUGAACGAUGACGCAUUGAUUCAAAUUCCAGCUAAAUUUGAACCAAUUGGAAGUAUGCUCCUAGCCGACACCGAGGAGGACGAGCCGUUCACAAUGGAAGAAGUGAGCCUAUUUCUCGAGAGAAUGGGCGUGACAGUGGAACAGCUGAACGACGGGGAUGAACCCAGAGUGAUUGAGAUAAAAGUUGACGAAGAUUUCGACGAUUUCGAUAUAUUCCAGGACUUUGAGGAAACGGCGAAAUACCUCCAGGACGAGGGAAUCAUCCUCAGUAUGACGCUUGUCAAUGGCUCCAUGAUUUUUUCAAUUGAAUUUGACCCGGCAGUGAAGGACGCCGAUCGACACAUCAGCCUACGAGACAUUGGUGGUGUCUUCGAAAUGGAAGGAUACCAAGUGGAUUACGUGACGGUUGGAGAUUCCAUCAAGAAAGUUAACAUAAGGGAGCCAUUGCCUGAUGACGAAUCGAAAGAAAUUCUCGAACAUCAAACCACCAAAUCCAGUGUUGAGAAGAAACCGGAGAGAAAUGAGAACAAAAUUGAGAAGAACGAGGAGAAACCAAAGGCACGGAAGAACGAACUCGAUGAGCAAUUUCAAAUGCUUGAUUUCACUACUAGAUCGGAGGCACUGAAUAAGAUCAGGAGGCGAAGGUCUUCGUGUCCAGAGUGCAAAGCCGUGGAUAUACUCAAAGCUUACGUCCACGAGCAUGAGCGUCAUUGAAAUGUUCAUUCUGGGGGAUGUUUUUUAUUGCCAGUAUUUACUGUGCUAUUUUUAUAAGGAUGUGUCAAUGAAUAAAAUUGGAAACGUUAUUUGAUAUCAGA